GUUUCUGUCCGGACGGUUAAACUGCAGCGCAGCCGGAAGUUCAUUCCACGCUUUGCAGUCAGUUGCGCGGUGUGAAUGUAAUCAUAAUUAUUCCAAUUACUUAAUCAAUUUAUAUCAAACAAACACGAAUAAUGUCUGACAACGAAGACAAUUUUGAUGACGGAGAUUUCGAUGAUGUUGAAGACGAAGAACCUCUAGAUGAUCUGGAGAACGCGGAAGAUGAGGAUCAGGAGAACGUUCAGAUUCUUCCGGCGGGUGAAGGUCAGCAGGCCAAUCAGAAGAGGAUCACCACUCCAUACAUGACGAAAUACGAGCGUGCACGAGUGCUGGGAACACGAGCGCUGCAGAUCGCGAUGUGUGCGCCGGUGAUGGUGGAGCUGGAAGGAGAGACGGAUCCGCUGCAGAUCGCCAUGAAAGAGCUCAAGGGCAGGAAGAUUCCCAUCAUCAUCCGCAGAUAUCUUCCAGAUGGCAGUUAUGAGGACUGGGGCUGUGACGAGCUCAUCAUCACUGACUGAAGAGGACGGGUCAUGUGGACGGUAUCAGAUGACACGCGUGUGCACAGCACACUGUACAGGUGUUACAGCACAUAACUGUAACGUGCAAUGCAAAGACUGGAUUAUCAGAAGAUUUCACUCUGAGUUUCUUGAUUUAAUGUUUGUUUUAUCGAGGCAAAAUUAAACCUUUUUGUAGA